AUGGAAAACUUCGGAGUGAAGAGCAGACGAGGUGGAAAAAGAGAAGCUGUGAAUGUGGAGAUCCAACACUGCUCCCCUCCCUCCCCCUCCCAUCUGCCCUCCGCCUGGCGAGGCUUUGGGAGGAAGCUGAGGUUGCUGCUGCCGUAUGUCUGGCCCAAAGGCACUCCGGCACUGCAGGGACUCGUGCUGCUGUGUGUGGGCCUGUUGGCGGCGGAGCGGCUGGUUAAUGUGCUGGUGCCUGUUUACUCCAAGAACAUCGUGAAUGAACUUUCCUCAGGAGGCGGAUGGACUUCACUGAUCGCCACCGUCUGCAUCUACACGUUCCUCAAGUUCCUGCAAGGCGGAGGGGCAGGCACAUCUGGUUUCAUCAGUAACCUUCGGCAGUUUCUGUGGAUCAGAGUUCAGCAGUUCACCAGCAGAGGCGUCCAGUUGCGUUUGUUUUCUCACCUGCACAACUUGUCUCUGCGCUGGCACCUGGACAGACGCACCGGGGACGUGCUGCGGAGCGUCGACCGAGGAACCUCCUCCAUCAACAACCUGCUGAGCUACAUCCUGUUCAGCAUCCUCCCGACCAUCUGUGAUAUCAUCAUCGCCAUCGUCUACUUUGUCUCCUACUUCAGCAUCUGGUUUGGACUCAUCGUUUUCACCUGCAUGGUUCUUUACCUCACCUUCACCAUCCUGAUCACAGAGUGGAGGACGAAAUACAGGAGAGAGAUGAACACUCAGGACAACAACGCCAAGUCCAGAGCCGUCGACUCGCUGCUCAACUUUGAGACGGUGAAAUAUUACAGCGCAGAGGAUUAUGAGGUUCGCUGCUUCGAGGAGGCCAUUCUCAAAUAUCAACAGUGUGAGUGGAAGAGCUCGGCAUCGCUCGCUCUGCUGAAUCAAACCCAGAACAUCAUCAUAGGAUCAGGUCUGCUCGCUGGAUCGCUGCUCUGCUCCCACCUGGUGUAUGAUGGACAGUUCCAGGUUGGAGAUUAUGUUCUGUUUGGGACCUACAUCAUUCAGCUGUACACCCCCCUCAACUGGUUUGGUACCUACUACAGGUUGAUUCAAAGUUCAUUUGUUGACAUGGAGAACAUGUUGACGCUGCUGACGGAAAAGAAAGAGGUUCUGGAUGCGGAGGAUGCACAGGACUUGCAGCUCACAGCAGGUCAGGUGGAGUUUGACAGAGUCUGUUUCAACUACGUACCUGGCAUGGAGGUUCUCAGACAUGUGACCUUCACGGUGGAGGCGGGGCAGACGGUCGCCCUGGUUGGUCCAUCUGGAUCAGGGAAAAGCUCCAUCCUACGUCUCUUGUUCAGAUUCUAUGACCCUCAGAGUGGCUGCAUCCGCAUAGACGGGCAGGACAUCUCCAAGGUGCACCAGUCUUCUCUAAGGUCGUUCAUUGGCGUGGUUCCCCAGGAUACGGUUCUUUUCAACGACACCAUCGGCAACAACAUCCGCUACAGCCGAAUUACAGCCACCGACCACGAGGUGGAGAGAGCUGCCAUGGCUGCUGACAUACACACCAGAAUACUGGAGCUACCUCAGGGCUAUGACACGGAGGUGGGCGAGCGAGGGCUGAAGCUCAGUGGCGGGGAGAAGCAAAGAGUGGCGAUUGCUCGAACCAUCCUGAAGGAGCCUAAGAUCAUUCUGCUGGAUGAGGCCACUUCUUCCCUGGACACCCAAACUGAGAGGAACAUCCAGGCUUCACUGGCCAAGGUCUGCAACAACAGGACGACUAUAGUGGUCGCACACAGGUUAUCCACCAUCGUCAGAGCAGACCAGAUCCUGGUGGUUCACAAUGGACACGUAGCAGAAAGAGGAAGACACGAAGAGCUGCUGCUCCAGGGAGGCCUGUAUGCAGCCAUGUGGAUGAAACAGCAGAAAACUCUCAACGGACCAACAACAGAAACACACAUCAACAAUCAAGCUCAGGAAACUUGA